AUGACCACCGCAAGGCCCAAUCCAAGUGGUAGGGCGGGCGACACAGUAAUCGUUGAUGAUAUCCCGCCAGAAGCGUUGUCCACGCCGCCGGAGAGCAUCCCGUCGUCUUCCGUGCUCGCCUCUACCAUUGCGCCCUCGCCACUCGGCACUGAGCCUGACACUCAGCCUCCCUCGGACGGCACACCGACGGACUGGUCGAAGAGCUACCAUGGAUUGUCUACUCAACCGUUUUCCAAGGAGGUUGCGGACGUCCUGCUGUCUCCCAUUGAUCCUCUCGACGUCGAGAUGAAGCCAGACGGCCUGAUAUACCUGCCGGAGAUCAAGUACCGGCGUGUGCUUAACAAGGCAUUCGGUCCAGGCGGCUGGGGCCUUGCCCCGCGGAGCGAGACUCACGUCGGGCCAAAAAUCGUGAGUAGAGAGUAUGCACUCGUCUGCCUCGGAAGACUCGUUGCCAUUGCACGAGGCGAGCAGGAGUACUUCGACCCUAAUGGCAUCCCUACCGCAACAGAGGCGUGCAAGAGUAACGCACUAAUGCGCUGCUGCAAGGAUCUCGGCGUGGCGAGCGAACUCUGGGACCCUCGCUUCAUUCGCGAGUUCAAGGCAAAGUAUUGUGUGGAAGUCUUUGUUGAGCAUGUGCCGACCAAGAAGAAGAAAAAGCUCUGGAGACGCAAGGACCAGCCGAAGUUCGAGUACCCGUACAAGGAGUAA